UUGAGGUUAGGUUCCAUGUUUGAGGAAAAAUAAAUUACAAAUAUCGCGUAAAAUGGACCGCAAAAAGGAGAACGACCUCUUGGAUCCCGACUACGCGGCCACCAGCAGCGCCCUGCGGGUCAAAGAGCAACAAGAUAAUAAACUCACCGCCGACAGGAUAAACGGCAUCGUCGUCGAGAUAUUCGACGAGGAGCUGAACGUGCGCCAGAAGCAGCUCGAAGAGGUCGAAGAGAAGAUAUUCAAGGCCCAGAAGCUGUUGCACAUAGUCCGGUACGUGCUGGUCACUUCUUACUACAAAAAGAAAAACUUGGAGACCUCGCCCGACGACGAGACCCUCUCCGUGGGCUUCGACAAGCAGAGCAGGAUACAUCCCGCUGUGAAGAAACUCCUAGGCAGUAAUUCUAAAUUAGAUGUAUUUUGUGCAGGUAAAGGCAAACGAAGACUAACUUCGAGAAACUGUGAUAUCGAGAGCUCCGUUCCGCCAUUGGCGGAAAUCAAGAAGCCCAAACUAGAAGUCAAAACGGAGGCCCCGGCUCCGGCUGCUCCUGCUGCGAUUAAAAUUUCGGACCAAAGUAUCGCGAAGAACAGGAAGAAGACCAGGCACCGGUUGAUAGUGGGGAACAUAUCGAAGUGGGUCCCAUCGUCGGAGGACACCACCACCCACAAGUGGAUGAUGUACGUGCGAGGGGACAAAGACAGCGCCGACGUGUCGCAUAUUAUAGAAAAAGUUAUAUUUUACUUGCAUCCUUCGUACAGGCCUCACGACGUGGUGGAGGUUAAGGAAUCCCCGUUUCAUUUGUCCAGAAGAGGCUGGGGCGAGUUUCCCCUGAGGGUCCAGAUUUUCUUCAAGUGCUCCCUGAACAAACCAAUCAGUAUUGUGCAUAAUCUUAAAUUAGAAAAGACAUUCACUGGACGUCAAACGUUAGGUAGCGAAACUGUGGUAGACGUGUAUUUAUACGACAACGUACCCAAGCCAGAAACAAUCACCAGACCUGUAGAAGAUACAACGAAUGAAACCGACCAACAAGAAAUUCUCAACUACUUCGAUUCGCCUCUCAGCCAAGAUUACGAAGUAGACAACCAGUCGUUUGGCGACCCGCUAACGACGACGUACGAAACCAAACUGGCCCAAACCCGCGUGAAAUCCGAGCCCCUGGAACUCGACCUGCCCUCGACCAAUGCCGAUUGCGAAUCAGCCGAUCACACGUUCGACGAGUACGAGACCCAGCAGAACCUGGAAGUGGAGGAGUUGUGCAUAAAAUCGGAGCCGUGCUUGCUGAAAAACGAGUGCUUUUUCUCGGACUUGGGACAGUCUUCGAACGUCGAUAUCGUUUCGACGCGAUCGGACUCGGCCUACGGUUGCUCCGAUACGGCCUCGAUGAGCUUCGAGCACGAUUACUGCGACGUGGUCGAAGAGCAAUUCGCCGAUAACGAGAUCAUCGAGGCCAAGGACGAUCUGUUCUUGGGCCAGUUUCUCCUGGAACAUUCCUAUUCGGUGCUCAGCGGCAGCGAGAAUCCCGACAGUAGCUUAGAAAACCUAACGAAAAGCCAUUCUGUGAUAGUUAACGGUGAUGUCGAUAAUAAGUUGAUUUUCGGAUUGGGAGAUGCCUAUUUGAAAGAGAAGAACGUCGGUAUUCGUAGCGUGGUUCCUAAUUUAUUGAUUCUCCAAAAGCCUUUGAAAAAUUAUCGGAUAUUCCUCCUGAACGGUUGCCUGGGAUCCAAAAGCGCUCCUUCCUCGAGCCAAGCCGUCACGUUGCCGCCAAAUAAGUUCAAGAACGCCGGGGAAGCCCUGCCGUUUUUGAUGAGGAGGUUCAAGUUGUGGAAUCAAAACGCCCAGAAUCCGCAGUUUAAAUUAUUGUACCCCUUCAUAGCCGCAUCGCAAGAAGAAUUCCGCAACUGGCCUCUGGGCAAACGUUUAAAUUCAGAGUGGAAUCGCGCAAAGGAAAUACGAAAAAUACUAGCGGAGAAGUUUCCUACUUUGAAAAAAUGGAACACUCGAGCUUGUUUCGUGUACGCGAGAUCCCAUAAAUACGAAUCGUCCCUGAAGGUAUUGCCCAGUUUCUACGGGAAGCAACCCCACGAAUUGGAGCUCAUCGAUGAUUGUUUUAAACGUUCGGUGCAUUUGUUGCACGUCGAAAGGAAGAGCCUCGGCGCGGACGAGCAAGUAGACGUAGAAGCUGACGAGAAUGCGAUAUCGAAGGGCGAAAGGUCGACGUGCAUCGAUAUCUCGGAUCCUUCGCUUAAAAACCAAUGCGCCUUCGUCAAAGAGGCGGCUUUGGAUUGCGGGGUGGUGUUGAAAAACGAGGAAAUAACGGAGGGUGUGAUAAUGAACGGGGCGGAGAGGAUGAUUUUAGAAGCUGUGAAAUGUUUAGCCGAAGGCCUGAUAAGGAGGGCUAAUCAUUUUUUAGUCACUAGGAAAGAUUACAGGGACGGUGUUAGUGAAGUUACCAAAAAUGAAGUGUCAAUUGCCUUAAAGGAGCGAUGCGAGCUCGAGUCCAUUGAAUCCUUUCAAAGGAAAAAGCGUCAGAUAGACUAUUUUUCUUGAGCAUUUAAGACUGUUAACAAGUUUGUCGAAUGUAAAUUUUAUUUGUACAUUUUAAUGAUGUAU